UGUGAAAGAGAAAACACAAAGUGUCGCCACAUUUUCAGCAGGGCAGCGGCGCGGCUGUGGGUUGACUCUCCACGGUUCUCAUGGGCUUUAUAUAAGUCCCGCCUCGCGCCCGAGCUGAACACAGCAGACUGAAACUCGACAGAGAAACACUCAGACAUGGCAGAAGAAGCUCCAGCAGUUCCCGCGGCGAAAGCCCCGGCUAAAGCCCCCAAGAAGAAGGCAGCUCCCCGGGCAAAGAGCGACGGACCCUCCCUCCCGAAGCUCAUCCUCGACGCCGUGACCGAGGCCAAGGACCGUAAAGGCACCUCGCUUCCGGCCAUCAAAAAGACGUUGGCCACCAAAGGAAUCGACCUGGAGAAGGCCAACAAGCGCAUCAACACCGCGGUGAAGAAGCUGGUGACCGACGGAAAGCUGGUCCAGAAUAAAGGGAUCGGCGCAUCCGGGUCCUUCAAGCUCCCAAAGUCUCAGACCACAGCUGCCAAGCCCGGCAAGAAAGCCCCCGUUAAAGUGAAGAAACCCGCCGCCAAGUCCCCGCAGAAGAAAACAGCAGCUAAGAAAACACCAGUGAAGAAGACUGCAGCCAAGAAAACCGCCGCUAAGAAACCAGCAGCCAAGAAACCAGCAGCCAAGAAGUCUCCUGUGAAGAAAGCGGCCAAAAAGCCAGCAGUGAAGUCUACUCCCAAGAAGGCUGCCCCUAAAAAGGUCGCGAAGAAGAAGACCCCCGUGAAGAAGGCUCCGGCAAAGAAAGUUGCAGCGAAGAAGUCCAAGAAGUGAAGUGGCUCUUUAAUCUGCACUCAGUGCACCAAAAGGCUCUUUUAAGAGCCACCACAGACUCACGAGAGAGCUGUUGUCCUACAACA